AUGGCUUCCUCGGACGCAAAGCCCGCGCAGGACAAGGCCGCGGCCGACGCCAAGGCCGAGGAGACGACGCAGCAGCAGGCGGCGGCGGCCAAGAAGCCCGCGCUGGGCGAGGACGACGAGUUUGAGGACUUCCCCGUCGAUGUUUCCCAUCUGCCUGAGAAUUGCGAGGGCAGCGGUGGCGGUGGUUUAUACACACAUCCAAAAGGGACGGACGGCAUCGUGGCGCCCGGAAUGAACUGGGCCCAGGAGGACACCGAGGCGGCUGCUGGCGGCAGCGGUACCGGCACGACGCAGCACCUUUGGGAGGAGAGCUGGGACGACGAUGACACGAGCGAUGACUUUUCCGCGCAGUUGAAGGAGGAGUUGAAGAAGGUCGACGCCAACAAGAGACGCUGA